GGGCGGCAGCAGCGGCCGCCUAGUCCCGCGUUUCUUCGGGCUCGCAGCCCCGCGGUCCCGCCGCCCCGGGGCCGCCACCUCUCGGGGCUCCCCCGGUCCCCGCGCGCGCAAGAUGGCUGACCCGGCUGCGGGGCCGCCGCCGAGCGAGGGCGAGGAGAGCACUGUGCGCUUCGCCCGCAAAGGCGCCCUCCGGCAGAAGAACGUGCACGAGGUGAAGAACCACAAAUUCACCGCCCGCUUCUUCAAGCAGCCCACCUUCUGCAGCCACUGCACCGACUUCAUCUGGGGCUUCGGGAAGCAGGGAUUCCAGUGUCAAGUCUGCUGCUUUGUUGUACACAAGCGCUGCCAUGAAUUUGUCACAUUCUCCUGCCCUGGUGCGGACAAGGGUCCAGCCUCUGAUGACCCCCGGAGCAAACACAAGUUUAAGAUCCACACGUAUUCCAGUCCCACCUUCUGUGACCACUGUGGAUCUCUGCUGUACGGACUCAUCCACCAGGGGAUGAAAUGUGACACCUGUAUGAUGAACGUCCACAAGCGCUGCGUGAUGAAUGUCCCCAGCCUCUGUGGCACUGACCACACGGAACGCCGCGGCCGCAUCUACAUCCAGGCCCACAUUGACAGGGAGGUCCUCAUCGUUGUCGUAAGAGAUGCUAAAAAUCUUGUACCUAUGGACCCCAAUGGCUUGUCAGAUCCCUACGUAAAACUGAAACUGAUCCCUGAUCCCAAAAGUGAGAGCAAGCAGAAGACCAAAACCAUCAAGUGCUCCCUCAACCCCGAGUGGAACGAAACCUUCAGAUUUCAGCUAAAGGAAUCAGACAAAGACAGAAGACUGUCUGUAGAGAUCUGGGAUUGGGACCUGACCAGCAGAAAUGACUUCAUGGGGUCUCUGUCGUUCGGGAUUUCGGAGCUGCAGAAAGCCGGCGUGGAUGGCUGGUUCAAGUUACUGAGCCAGGAAGAGGGCGAGUACUUCAACGUUCCUGUGCCACCCGAAGGAAGCGAGGGCAAUGAAGAGCUGCGGCAGAAGUUUGAGAGAGCCAAGAUCGGCCAGGGUACCAAGGCUCCAGAAGAAAAGACGGCCAACACCAUCUCCAAAUUUGACAACAACGGCAACAGGGAUCGCAUGAAACUGACUGAUUUCAACUUCCUGAUGGUGCUGGGGAAAGGCAGCUUUGGCAAGGUGAUGCUCUCAGAGCGGAAGGGCACAGAUGAGCUCUACGCUGUGAAGAUCCUGAAGAAAGACGUGGUGAUCCAAGAUGAUGAUGUGGAGUGCACGAUGGUGGAGAAGCGCGUGCUGGCCCUGCCUGGGAAGCCACCGUUCCUGACUCAGCUCCACUCCUGCUUCCAGACCAUGGACCGCCUGUACUUUGUGAUGGAGUAUGUGAACGGGGGUGACCUCAUGUACCACAUCCAACAAGUUGGCCGGUUCAAGGAGCCCCAUGCUGUAUUUUAUGCUGCAGAGAUCGCCAUCGGUCUGUUCUUCUUGCAGAGCAAGGGUAUCAUUUACCGUGACCUGAAACUUGAUAACGUGAUGCUGGAUUCUGAGGGUCACAUCAAGAUCGCUGACUUUGGCAUGUGUAAGGAGAACAUCUGGGACGGGGUGACAACCAAGACAUUCUGUGGCACUCCAGACUACAUCGCCCCAGAGAUCAUCGCUUAUCAGCCCUACGGGAAGUCUGUGGACUGGUGGGCAUUUGGAGUCCUGCUGUAUGAAAUGUUAGCUGGCCAGGCACCUUUUGAAGGGGAGGAUGAGGAUGAGCUUUUCCAAUCCAUCAUGGAGCAUAACGUGGCGUAUCCCAAGUCCAUGUCCAAGGAAGCUGUGGCCAUCUGCAAAGGGCUAAUGACCAAACACCCAGGCAAGCGUCUGGGUUGUGGACCCGAAGGGGAACGAGACAUUAAGGAGCACGCAUUUUUCCGGUAUAUUGACUGGGAGAAACUCGAACGCAAGGAGAUUCAACCACCUUAUAAACCAAAAGCUAGAGACAAGCGAGACACCUCCAACUUCGACAAAGAGUUCACCAGGCAGCCUGUGGAACUGACUCCCACUGACAAACUCUUCAUCAUGAACUUGGACCAAAAUGAGUUCGCUGGCUUCUCAUAUACUAACCCAGAGUUUGUCAUUAAUGUGUAGGUGAUUGCAGAGCCCAUUGCUGAACCUGUGAGUGUCUAUUACCAAUUCCAGUCUUCCAGGAAUCACGGUGCCUCUGCUGGCGCCCAUCACGUGGAGAGCUUGUCUUGAGGGCUUUUUCUCUGUAUGUACAGCUUGCUAGUUUGUUUUCUACAUUUGAAAAUGUUUAGUUUAGAUUCAGCACAUUGCCCACUGUUAGAGGUACAAUUUUUCCAGACUUCUGGAAACUCGUCCGAUGAACCGACAGUGUCACCACUUAACUGUGUCCGAUACCAAACCGCUUCAGUAUUUGUAAUUUUUAAGGUCAGAUGCUGAUGUUCCUGGUGAAGUUUUUACGGUUAUUCCACUCUCCCCCUUGGAAUGCUACCUAAGCAUGAGCGGCGUUUUUAAAAAUGUGAGUAAGCUUUGCAGUUGCUGUGAACCCUCGUCUCUUGGAGGAAGCUUUUUGUUUAAGACUUGGUAUGAUUAAACUGAAUUCAUAUGUGCAGA